GGCCCAGCAGAGUCCGAUCCACACCCGGUGGAGCCUGAGGAGGACGACGCGGCCCAGGAUGCGCAGCCGGGCAAGGCGGUUGAGCGCAUGUUGAGGAAUCUCAAGAGCAACGCAGAGGCGAUGAUUUCACAAAGUGCUAAGCUGAAGUGCUUGGCAGCGUUGUUGCCGACCUUGGAGUCAGGUGGGCAUCGGACCCUGAUCUUCUCACAGGGCAUACGGAUGAUGGAUCUGGUGGAAAUCUGCAUCCUCCGGAAACAGAAGAUGAAGUACCUGCGAAUCGACGGCCACACGGAGAUCGCGGCCCGAAACGAGCGAGUGCGUUUAUUCCAGACGCAGCCGCAGUCCUACACCUGUAUGCUGCUGACCACGAGAGUGGGUGGAUUCGGCUUGAACCUUACCUCGGCAGAUCGCGUGAUCAUCCUCGACCCGGCGUGGAAUCCUGCCGUCGACAUGCAGGCCGUCGAUCGGGCGCAUCGGAUAGGACAAGACAGGGAGGUCAAAACCUACCGAUUGGUCAUGAGUGGCCUGAUUGAAGACAAGAUGUUCCGGCUUCAGGUCUUCAAGAUGGGCCUGACCAAAACAGCUUUGGAGACAAAGCAGCAGCAGCGGUAUUUCACAGCCGAAGAGAUUCACGGCCUGUUCGAAUGGACCGACCCUGCUCAUGGUGAGACGCGGGCACUACUAAGACAUCAACAUGGCAUUGAGGACUGCGCGGCACAGUGUGAUGCGCCCGAUGAGUGGCUGAAAGCUGGCCCGGCUGUCGGCCUCAGCAGCUUCUCCUUCUUGUACAGCACCCUGCAGGGUGAGCAGGACGAUGAGCUCGCGGGGGCAGCACCGGAAGUCAGGCUGAUGAAGGCCAAGCUCAAGAUCGCAGAGGACGCUGCCGGGAAGGCGGCGGCGGCACGACUCGUGAAGGAAGGCUCCCUCACGACAGCGCAGCAGCAGUUGGAGAAAGCCGCGGCCGAAAUCAAGAGCGCGACCUCUGCGCGUUCUACUGCAUCCGAGCAGUUGAAGAGAGCUCAGGCGGCACUGGGACAGUCUAAACGACAAGAAGGCCUGGUGGAGAAGGAAGUCGAGAAGGCCCAACAGAGCCUUGAGGCCUCGGCGAAACGCCUCGCAGAGGCCGAAGCGAAGCGAGACCUGCACGACGCAGAGGUCACCAGCGGCACCGACGAGGCCCGCCAGGGUGCAACAGCACUGGAGGAAGCCGAGACCAAGCUCUCAAAGACGCUUGCCCAGGUCGAGGCCGAGCUUGAGAAGGGCUCAGCGCUUGAAGGGUCCGUUGCCAAGAUCAAAGCAGCGCAGAAGGCCGCUGCGCGGCUUGCUGAGGCUGACGAGGCUGCACGCAGGGCGCGCGAAGCAGCCAGUGAAGAGUGGGACAAAGCGCUUGAAAUCGAGUCUCGGUGUGCAGAGCAUCAGACAGACAUGACCCUGGCCAUGCAGGGGCUUGCACCAUCUGGAUCCCCGCCGCUCAAGACCCUGCAGUCGGCACGCCGUGCAGCCGAGAAAGAGAAGCAGACUGCAGAGAAGGCCGUCGCCAAAAUAUCCGUCUCCGGAUCUCGAGCGGUUGAGCGCCUGAACCAGGCAGUGGCAGAGAUCAAGAGCGCGCUGAAUGCUGUAACAUCCGGCUUGCAUGGCCAGAGUGGGGAAGCUACGCAGGCCUAUGCCAAGGUGCUGGAUGGAAUUGGGAAAGAGCUCGCCGAGGACUGGCGCAGCAGCCGGGCUGCCGCCGAGGCGGCAGCACGUGGCGCUGCGAACCAGCGCCGUGCACAGCGGGCCAGGCUGAGCUCCAACAGCAAGGCUCGCGAGGAGACUUCGCGCCACGCGAUUGUUCAAAGGCAGUAUGCCAAGGUGAUGCAGAACCUCGAGGCCUGCCGCGCACGAACCGCAGAAGACGAGGAAGCUUUGCAGACGGCGCAAGCUGCCGUGGCCGAGGCGGAAGGUCGAGAACGGCAACAGAAAAGGUUGCGUGAUGACUGCAAGGCAGCUAUUUGUGAUGCGAAGCAAUGCCUGAAAUCAGCCCGCCUGGCAGAAAAAGAGGCGACUGCGGAGAGGACCUCUCUGUACAAGCACUACGCAAAGGCUGACGAGGGUCUGAAGGACGCGCUGAAGUUCGCCAAGUCUGCAGAGCAGGCUUCAGCGGCUGAGCGCCAGAAGGCGAUUGCUGCCAUCAAGGCCCUGAGGGCCGAGGAGUACGAUGCCAACCAGGUAGUGGAGGCCUAUGAAUCCAAGAAGCGAGCGCGACAAGAUCAACAAGACGUGGCGUAG